AUGGCUUCGAUUGAUUUUGCAAAAUUUCGACAGCAGCAUGAAAAUGACUUUAAAUUGGAGGAGUUGGAUUCUAGUAUAAGAGAGGAGGCGUUCUCUGAAUGCAAAUCUUAUCUGGCCAGUCGUAAUCACGAAAAACUGGCUGACUGCCUAGCCUGCCUUCGCGUACUCAGUAGAGACCGGACCUUGCAAAGCAAACUUGCUGAACCAGAUGUUCUUACACAUCUUAUCCGGGAGGCUGGGCUUGACUUAACUCAGAUCACAGAUGAUACUGGUUACGAUAGCGAGUGUGCUGUGGAGUCCCUCAAAUGCUUGUCAAAUGUGGUCUUCCAAAACCCAUUGGUUAUCCCAACUCUCAAAUCGCAUGGAUGCUUCGACAGUCUAGUAUCCCGAUGUGAAAAGAAUUCCAAAGAAGUACUUAAUAUGGAAAUAUUGCUCUUCGACCUCAAACUGCUUUUCCUGUUAUCCGCCCUCGAUCGGCAAGCAAGGCUGGAAAUUCUAACCAACAACUUUGCAUCUGAUAAUUUUGCUGACAUACUAAAGCAGAUUACCAAUAUGGAUUUUCUAAAAUCACAAGUAGCUUUUGACUGUGCCCAAGAAAUGCUUAAAUUUCUUUUCAAUCUUGGGUAUGCGAAGAAAGAAUUAGGACACAGCGAGGUUACAUACGAACUUACUUAUCGCUCACUUACAACCAUUGUACGUGAUCUACUUGUCAAGCAAACAUCUUCUCCAGUUAUGCGUUUUGGACUUACAAGAUUUUACCUUACCUCGGAGAUGAAGUCCGGCAUCUUCCUCAAGAGGGCACAACUCUUCGAAAUAAGUAGGUCUGACUGUGUCAAUCCUGAUUUUUCGGCCAUUUAUUUCGUUUUGAGACUUUUCUGCAUAUUUAGUUCAUAUGCGAAAAUAUUCGCGGUCCAGAGAUAA